CUCACCCCCGCUCUGCUGGAGCGCAUGAGAAACAACUUCAUGAUCAUCGAGGUCUGGGACAAGAAGACGGCGGCGCAAAACGACGUCCUUGUGGGAAUGGUGAAGCUGCCGCUCCACAGCCUGUACAUGUCGUUCCGAGACAAGCGCAUCACCCAGGCCCUGCUGAAGUCGCGCUAUCCAGUGGUGUCUGUGGACGGCUACAUGCCCAUAGUGGACCCCUUCACGGGGGUACAGUAUGGGGAACUGAAGGUCCUGCUGGCAAUGGGAGCAGUACAACAGGUGACAGAACUACAGAGAGUUAAACUGGACAGGGAUGAUGUGAUCUUACCUGACAGACCUCAACACUAUCUACACCACAGGUCAGAACACGGUCCCAUCUCUGGUUCCUCAGAACCAGUAGUACCACCUGACCAGACGGAGCACGUGUUUGAGGUGGUGGUGGAGGGGGUACGCGGUCUGUCCCAGUUUGAGACAGCCGUGUGGGGAGAGGCCGACUGCUUCGUGCAGUAUCACUUCCCAGCCCAGCAACAAACCGUCCAGGGUGGAGGGCCUGCUGUUAGACAUGCCAUGAUCAGCCUGAAGCCCCACAGAACGGUGACCACCCUGUGCGUGCCUGACCCGACGCUCCACCACACCAGCAGGCACCGCCUGCAGCUGCCCCAGGGCACCCCCGUCCAGCGGGAACUGCUCACUGCCUGUGCGGGGGUGGGAGGGGGUGCUGGAGGGAUUCCUUUUGAAGUGUGGUGCAGAUACUACUAUCCAAACAUCAGGGACCAGAUUAUUGCAAAGGCCACCCUCCCCCUGGCUAAGCUAUGUGGUAUGGUCACCAUGCACAAGCGAGGGGAGACCAGCGUCCAGACAUACGCCCUCCCUCUCACGGCUGUACCCAGCGACGACCAGCCUCACACAGCAGAACAGCUGGCCAAGCUACAGGACAGCGGCCUCCUGGACGUCAGCUUGAACUACAGAACGGCAGCUGUCCAUGUGGACAGCACAGUAGGACAGCACGACGGUCUGCUGUCCAGCCCACAGGUUUGCCUGAGUGUUGGGUUGUUGAGAGCAGCAGGGUUGAAGGCAGCUGCGCUGUCUCUGAGCCAACAGUACGCUGACAUGGAGUACCCAGCUGAAGUAGGGGUGAACGUGUACUGUAAAGUCACAGUGUCCUUCCUGUCACAAGAGGACCAGCGUGUGACGAGAACAGUAGCGCGCACGUUUGCCCCAGAGUUCCAGUAUCACCUGGACUUCCCCUGCCCCCUGGUGUGGACGGACCCCCAGGGGCUGAGGGACGGGGCGUGUCUGGCCGAGCUGCUGGAGACAGGAGAGGUCAUGCUGCAGUUCUGGCACCAGAUGCCAGGGGGCAGAUCAGACUUGGAGGGCCAGUAUGUCGAUGUUGGACCUAAGGAGUCACAUGUGGUUGGCAGACGGCUGUUCCACAGUACAGGGGACGUUCUACUGGGGACCACAACCCUGCCACUGGCAGCCCUACUGACCAACAGGACAGGAUUACAUGGGUGGUAUCCCAUCACCCGUCCUCCCCUUGGCUGGGAAAGAGGUGAGGAUAACAAGCACGGCAGUCUCGAAGACCCAUCCGACCAAUCAGACGGCUUACAGCGCGUGGUGGGCGGAGCCGAGCUGUCCAUCAAGUUUGCCCAUGCUGAUGACAGGGAGAGAGUGGUGCAUGCUGGGAGGACCAUGGGUUGGUGCCCAGAGGAUGAUGGGGAGGACCUGUGGAUGGAUGAUGACUCGUCCAUGACGAAGACAUGUGAGUUGUGUGUGUCUGUGUCGGAUGUCUGGUUCCCCCUACACUGUGCCCUCCUGCCUGGUCAGGACACGCUGGACAAGUCUGCUCGCUGUUACAUACGCUACAAGUUCUACCACAAAGCACCAUGCUGUUCCAAGUCACAUGAGCUGGAGUUGACAGCAGCUGACUACCUGAGCUGUCAGACAAGGUACAGCAGGAGGAUGGUGUGUCAGCUCACACAGCCACUACAUUGGUAUUUUCGUGAAGAGAGGCUUGAGGUGCAAGUGUGGGUGGCCUUUUCUUCUGGUAAGGAGGCACGGAGGCCGCGGAACAGGGACCGACUUGUUGGCUCAGCUUACAUCAACCUCUCACCACUGGCCGGUGCACAGAGAAGAGCUCAGAGGAUCAGUGGGCAGUACCCUCUGUAUAAACCUGGAGUCAGUAACCUGGGCGGUGCUUGUCUCAGGGCACAUGUGGAGAUGAAGGUAACAGGAGACCACGAUGAGGAUGGCAGCGAGUUGUCAGAGGAAAUAGAGGAGGAAUUGUCUGAUGAAAAUGUGGACUACAGACGGAGCCAUGUCAGCAAAGAUAGCAGAACAGACAAGGACAGAGAAGACCACGUACCUAUCCCAGAAGACACCAUUCCUGUCCAUGUGGGUGUGGAGAGAGCCGUACACCUCUCCUCUGUUCCUGGAGGACCCAGCGUCAUCCCAGCCUACUACGUGUCAUUCCAGCCUCUACAGCAAGGUGGCGCUGUCACCACCCAUGUGUCAGAAGGGAGGAACCCCCUGUGGAACUUUGACGGUGACGUGUACCUUGGCAGGUUUCUCCUGGGUCCUGACCACAACCUGGUGUUUAAAGUGUGGCAGAAAACCUCGGACAAGGAAGGGCCUGAUGUGACACUGGACCGAGUGGUUGGCUUUGCCUCCGUGGACCUGUCUACCUUGUCAGCUGGUCUGCACUACAUCUCAGGCUGGUACAACAUCAUGGACUUCAACGGGCACUGUCACGGACAGAUCAAGGUGAGUGUAAUGCCCAAGGAGAGAGUUUCUCCCAGUCGACAGAGACCCAGCAUGUUCCCUCCGCUGCCGUCUGGUCUCCAUGGUUACACCACGACUGCCGCCUAUCCCAUGUUCCCCAGCCACAUCGCCAGGUACCCAGAACAAGCAGUGAAACUCCACAGUCCAAGUAGACCAAAGCACUUUGCUGAGCACUAUCUAAAUGUGAGGCAGUAUCACAAAAGUCUACAAGAACAGCAACAGGAGACUGGGUUCUUACCACAACAGACAGAAGACAAACAUGAUAAAGGAAAGGACCAGGAGGCACAGUUCCUAGACAGCAAGGAAACAUCCAGGUCAUUGUUACUGCAGAAUCUAAGGAAGAACAUGGAAGAACUAGACCAGCUGAAGGGAAGAAUGCAAAAACUUCUAACAGGCAAAGGCACCGAGACCCCAGACACUACCAAAGCUCAGGAGGUUGUCGGACUGCAAAGAACGGUUCAUGCUGGACUGGAGAGAGAUGGUGACACAGACAACGGGUCUCAUCUCAGGAGGACGUAUGACUUAAGUGACAGUGUCGCACCUGUAGUGCAGGAAGGUUCAACUAAGACAGACAGCACAUCGCAUGACCACAAUGGUGAUGAUGAUGAUGUUCUCUCUGAUACAGUCCACAAGGCUGUUGGUGGCUUGUUUGGGACUGAUCCUUUAGAGAGGACAUCGCAAGAAGCUCAAAACCAAGACCAAGAGCAGCUUGAAGACCAACUACCAGGCCUUUAUGGUUCAGAAACAAGUCUUUCACAUCCACAGCACUCCCUUCAACCUUCCCAUGAUGCAAUGCUAUCCCAUGAUGCACAGUUGAUAGGUCAGGAUUUUAACCUACCAAAGGUCUCAGGUCAUAGGUCACAGGAAGGUCAGCAGCAGGCAGGGGAAAGGUCAUCCAACUCAGAGGACGAUUCCAUCAAGUGGGAAGACAGCGUCCAGUUCAGUGAUGCGGAUGAGGAAGAUGUUGUACCAGUCAGGGCACUGAAUGACGUUUCUUCAGCACACUUUGCAAACUGGUCACCAGAGGCGAUAACCGGUACACAGGAACAAGAGAUAGCACCCACAGACACACUCGCAGAUGAGGAUAAAACUUCUGCAGAUAUUCCUCUUCCGUUAAAGGAUUUUCCGUCUUCCUUCGGCACCAAAGGUGAAGAAGGACCAGUUUUCUCUACUAGUACUACUGAUUCACCCAGAGAAAUGCCUGCUCUAGAAAAGGAUCGUCUUCUUGACGACAUCUUUGAGACCACACCUGGAGACCACGCAGCAGACAGGUCUGAUGAAGACUCAGGUCGAUCCCACAAGGGUUCUCCACUUGGAAAAACAAGUGAGCCUGAAGAAGAACAGAACAAGCUUGAAGGACAAGCGUUCUCCAUGUUUGACCGUGAGCAUAGCCGGGAAAGGACAAAGUCAAUGUCAUCUGAAGGUUCUAGGUCACUACCUUCCCCCAUUCCUUACACACCGGAUGAUACAGACUUGGUAGAUCAUGCACAUGUACAGCAAACCAGAGAAACGACAGAUUCGGUUGACAGUGAUGGGAGUAGAACCAGUGUCCCUCGGUUUGCAGAGGGCAGGAUAGAGGAGGGCCUGGAGAGGAGGGGAGGGGAGAGUGACAAGGAGAAUGAAGAAUCAGCUGAAGAGACUGACAGAAAACAACCCAGCUUGUAUCCUUCUCAAGAUAUUCUAUUUCUAAGUAAAAUUACCAUAUAUACUUAGCACAUUAUACAACUGUCAAUGUCUUGAAAAUCAAAACAAGCUUUUAAAGACCAUGACACCAAAAUACAAUAUUUUCUAUAAACUUUAACUGAAACAAGACAAAAAAACACAGGGGAAAAUGGGGAAAGCUAAUAGGUCUACUUUCAUCUCCUUGAAGAAAUUAUAAAUAAAUUGUAAUUGGGGUUGACUUUUUUUUAUACUUUGUAACACUCUGUUAUAUCAUCUAUAUUGUU